AUGGUUAUUAAAGCGGAUGGUCAUGCAAUGUAUAGCUCUGUUAUAAAUACGCUUUUACCGGAUAAUAAUCAUCUCACUGACACAAAUAGUGAUUUGGCUAAAGAUCUUAGUUCUACACGAACGAUUAAUGAUGAAAUAACUGCCUUGGCUAUGAAGAAUCUGAAGUUAUCUUGGGCUGGUGAUUUCGAAUCUUUAAAACGUGUUGUUAGUGAUUAUAUAAAAUUUGACGGGAAAUGGACUUCGCCCGGAGGAGAGAAGAAAGUUUGCAGUAAUCCAGAUACAUCUAUCACCUGGUGGAAAAAUAAAAAGUUCCUUCUGGUUGAAGGUAAUCAAGCUGAAAGGAUAAUUGAACUAUUUAUUGUAAUUUUAACGAAUAUCGCUUCGUUUCGCCCCUCAGAUCGGCCGGGUAAUAUAAACAUAGAUCUCCCGAAUUCAGAUAAAAUUAAUCUUGUUAGUUCCUGUUCGUGCAAAUGUAACAAUUUGACUGUUGAUAUCGAAGGAAUAAAACUAGAUAACGUGGUUCUUGAGUCGAGGAUGGAACAUAAAACCAACACUAACACUGAAAUUAUCAAUAAUGUACAACAAGAGUUGCUUAAGUUGCAGAGUAAAUGUGACAUGUUAGCAGAUCGAGUGGGGAAUAUAGAGAGCUCAAACGAUGAGCGAGACAGUGAUACUAUCGCUAGUUUGGAACGCCAAAAUAAAUUUCUUGUUGAGGAGGUGAAAAACUUAAAUUUUAAGUUGAAAAAUCUCGAGAAGAAGGCAAAAGCUGAGAACGCAAAAGCUGAGAACGCAAUUAAUAUUCAUGCUAAUGAUAUUUCCUCUCCUAAAACCACCCAUGUGAAUAAUGAAAUGCAUGUUAUGAGUAUAAGUAACCAAAAGCUGAGAACGCAAAAGCUGAGAACGCAAUUAAUAUUCAUGCUAAUGAAUAUUUCCUCUCCUAAAACCACCCAUGUGAAUAAUGAAAUGCAUGUUAUGAGUAUAAGUAACCUUAUUCUUGAUGACUCUGAAGAAAUUAGCAUUGUUUCUAGCGUUAAUGACCCGUACCACACUAAUGUUGGUCACAAUACGUGUAAUGAAAUCAACCGAGUGGCUCUUUACCUAAGGAACCUUGUUAUCCACAUGAGUCUAAUCAACAACAAAGUAUUCCAGUUCGUAUUACCUCAAUUAGGAAAUCAAAACAAACCCGUAAAAAAGCUAACUUGA